ACUUCUCGUCAGUAUAGCCCCGCACCCCACGGUCCGCGCAUUGCCCGCUGAUUUCUCCGCGAGUAACGUUCAAGGCAGCGCUGUUUCGACACGCCACUCGGUUGCGAAAGUCUCGCGAUGAUAUACAAGUGAGAGCGCACAUCGGACGCUAGGGUAACGCUCACGCGGUGAGCCAGUUUAUUAGAGCGAAGACAUUCUCACUCGGCCAGGGAAGGGGGGCGCGCGACGCCGUCGGGUCGCACACACGGGAGCAACGAUUCCUACGCAUACUUAUCGUGUGAGGGCCACGGAAACCAAUUUUUAAUGUGUCAAGUCAGUAUAGCUUAUUGCUGCUACGUCAGAUCGCAGAGCGCCUCCAGCAGGAACUACAAGGUUAUGCAAAUGAGUUCUGAACGCUUCUACACCAGGGGUAAUCAAAGGACCAUUCACAACUUCAAUAAACUUUAACGUUCGGUUCGUCGCUGUGUUUUGAGUGCUUAUCUGUAUCGUAUUCCUAUCCUUCAUUAUCGUUCGGUGUCACGAUCGCUAAUUGCUAAUUACCUGCCUGGAGUCGAGUGAUAAGGCGCGAGGUUGGUGGACGAGUGUAUCAGAGGAAGCAGAUUGGUACCAGCUGUCUUGCAGGAUGGCGGCCACGCGCGAUGAGACGCUGCUGUCUCGCUGCGAGAUCCCUAUCAUCGACCUCGCUCACAUAGGUACAGAUGUGUGUCCAAUGAAAUCGGUGGUGAGGCGUAUCGGGCAGCAUUUGUUUACGGCUCUCAGUGAGAAAGGCCUCGCUAUGCUUGUCAACCAUGGAAUUGCUGAAGAGAAGCUUAAAGCAGUGUAUGCAGAUCUGGACAACUUUUGCGCAUUGCCUGAGGGCUCCCAGGCCCAGUAUCUUUGCAACCCAGAUAGCAACCAUGGUUACGUCCGUCCGGGUAUGGAGCAGUUCGAUAACACGAAGAAGGAGCUACGUCAUUCUUUCAACAUCACAACACUUUCGGCCGCGGCGAUGCCUGCACAGGAGGAGGUGCCUGAAUUCACCCAGCACGCGGUCCCUCUAGCUCACGACCUCACAAACCUCUCCCGCGUACUUUUGCAAGCGCUGGCUUAUGCCUUCGGCGUACCACCAGCAACGAUGCUCGCCUGUCACUCCGGCAUGCUGAAGAGCGACGGCUGCAAUAGGUCCACGAUGCGUAUCCUGUACUAUCCGCCGGUACCUCCAGAAGACGAGGGUCCCUGCUGCCAAGGGGACGGCAAGGCUUACACCCGCUGUGGAGCCCAUUCUGACGCAUGCACUUUUAGUCUUGUUGCACAGGAUUCGGAGGGUGGACUUGAGGUGAAACUAAAUGACAAAUGGCAAGCCGUGGGUCAUCUUCCUGGGGCGAUACUCGUCCAAACUGGAGAAUUGUUGGCUUCGUGGACCACCGAUUUUCUACCAGCACUUAUGCACCGAGUGGUCGUACCGUCGGGUACGUACGCUCGUGCUCGCGGACGCCAUUGCGUCGCGUUCUUCUGCCACCCCGAUAAGGACGCGGUAAUUCCCCCCAUCGCCCCGCGCGUGGUUGCCGCCCCCGUGCCGCCCCCCUUCACCCCGCACGUGCACCUCACUCUACACCACCGCCUGAUGAACGCCGCUCACCACAUCCAGAAGCGCUUCAGGGAAACAUACGCGUGACUAGUACGGGGUACUAACGACGGGACGUACAAGACACUAGCUCGUCGACACGCCGCACCUUGACAUAUUCGGCAUAGCAUAACCCCUAGUAUAACAUUACUACGCUCGAUAUCAAGUAUCUAAACACUAUGACGUCAAAGUACAAAAAAAACAGAGCAAUUCACACACAGCAGAAGUGAAACUUCUGAAAAGUAGCUUACUAGAGAUUUAGAUGGAGGUAGAGUAUCAGGAGUGUUAGAAUAAAAUAUGUAAGGUAUAUUAUCUCGACAACUAAAUCCUAUACAUUUAUGUGUUUGUAUCUUUUCAUUCCAUCGAGUUUCAAACAUAGAUUUAAUAUUUUACUAUUUGUUUUAAAUUAGAACGGUUCUAAAGAAGUUUAUCUUCAAAAGUCUUUAUCGACACAAAAGUUACAGACUUAUUUUUCUUCGUCCACAUAGUGUAGAGCCUGUAUUGCGGAAGCCAUUGAUUCCCUGAGAAAACUAUACCCAAAAGACCAAAGAGAUAGAAGAAGAAGAUAAGGAACUUAUGCUCUUAUUUCUAAUACAUGGCAGGCGUUAUCGGUAGGAUGAUCUUAAAAUAAAAAUUGCGACUAAAACGACAAGUUAUAGUGUUUGAUACUCGCAAGCGUAGAAAUCGUAUUAUAUUUAAGGGAACAAUAACUGUAGGUUUACACUAGCAAAAAGUUUUUUCCGGACAAGUUGAGCCUUUUUUCAGGUAUCUUCUUAGCAGCCUUUUACUUUACUUAUGGCAUAAGAUGCGCCUUCGCAGUUGACGCCAUUUUAGUUUACCAUUCAUGGUGCUAUUAAACUGUUAACUUCAGUACGUACGGUACUUAAAUUCUGUCAUUUGACACUGCUUCACUUAUCAAUUAAAAAACGAAAAACAAAAAUUAGGCGAAAGUGAUCUUACGCAAAAAGUGGCACGAAAUUCCUAUGAAUUUUAUGUGCAAGAACUCAUGGCGUUUGCGAAAAAUACGUGGUGGUAAAAGGCGGCAAAUAUAUGUAAAAGGGCUUCGACUUCCCAGCAAAUUGAUAAAAUAUUUGUUAUUCAAAGAAAUUUCGUAAACAAUAUUAUAAUGCCAUAUUCAAAUCAUUUAUAUGUAUGGAUCCAACUACUUAAAUGACGAAAUAAUUUUGCAAAACUUAUUAAACAGAUUAUUAAUUUAAUUACAUCCAUCAGAUAUUUUUCAAAUAUUUGUAUCAUUCCUAUAUGUCAUUUACGGUUUUUAUGUCGUGGCCGUUCUAUAGUUAAUUUUACCUAAGCGGUUUUCCCUUAGAAAAUAUUAUAUUUUUGUGGCUUUUUUAAGCCUAUUCUUAAUUUUAAGUACUUAGCAAUUAGCGAUGUGAGGUCGCACAUUUGUUCUGCUUAUUCGUAUUCGUAUAUCUACUUAAUUAUUAUAUUCCUUUAGUAUUGUGUUCUUGCUUCUGCAUUUUACAUUAGGUUUUAUAUAAGCGAUUUCUUUCUCUAUUUAUUUUAUUGUUUAUUCUUCACGACUACUUACUUCUAAAAGUAGACGAAGGAGACAAUUCGUGUGAUCAAUUUGCUAGCUCAAAUUUAUAUUAUUUGUACUUAAGAAUUCGAUAACAGUAUAAACUUACUAUUAAACAGAGUAGGGAUCAUAAAAACUUUUGAUAAACAAAAAAUAAACGUUAUUACCUAAGUACUUAAUUUUUGUCUCUAUGUACUUGAACAGUAUGAAGCAUUUUUAUAUUUAAGAUUUAGUGGAAUCGUUAUACAUAAGUACUGACAAAUAAUACCAUCACAUAAAAACUGAGAGAGUAUUUUUAUCUAGAGAUAUCCGCGUUUUAAAGGUUUACACAUUACACAUUCAUAUGUUUUCAGAUAAUUGAGAUUUUAUUUAUAUUUUAAUCUUUAUAGCCUUACUUAAACGUUAAUAUAAUUAAGUUAUGAAAUACUUACUGGUUCAUUACUGGCCAGUAACAACCGGUUAUUAAUAACUUAAUUUUAAUCAAAGUUUUCAAGGCCGUUAUUCUUUAGCUGCACUAUAGGUUCUUCAUUGAACUUUAUCAAAUGUGAAUAUUAUAAAAUCUUUCGAUCAAUAAUCUAAAUACAACCGCCAUGUGCGUGUUCUUACAAUUGUUUAUUUUUUCAUACACGAUAAAAUUUAGAGGAAGCCUAGUUUUAGUGUUGACAUUUUUUUGUGAAAAACCCCUAUCGAUCGAUCUGAUCUGUACCAACAGCAUUACACGAACAUCUCCGAACUUGGGAACUGAUUCAGUAAAAAAAAGGUUGUUGAUUUGAUUAUUUCAGAAAAUGUCUAUAGUUGUUUUUCUGGAAGGCAAAGCCAAACCACCGAGUCCUUGAAAGCGAUCAAGUCCAGCGUGAAACCAAUCACAAGAUUUUUGUCGUUUGUCGCAACGCAACGCCGUCAAGGUCGCAGGUUGGACGUGUCGAUGUGGCCUUCGCUUAAGGUUUUAUGUAUAGCGUCCUAAAUGUUCUAAAUGCAGUGUUCCCGUUACUGCUCACCGUCUUUUUUCUCUACUAUAUAACUAACAGAAAAGAUCAAUUAUUUAUUUCAUUUCUUUGUUACAAAAACCAUAUUUUGCAAUCGAUCGAUGGGAACUCUCUCAUAAAAUUUUUGCAUGACAAUUAAACUACGCUGUCUCUAAAUUUCGAAUAUAUUUUCCAUGUUUAUGCAGUUUAAUUAUUUUUUAUGGGUCAUUUAAACCAUACCCAACAUUACCUGUUUAGUUUGUGACCAGUGUAUUUUAGGGAAUUUAAUUAGAUAGUUCCAUUCUGUUUUAAUUUAUAUUCCCACAGGGUAUUUUAAAGGUCUCUAAUGCUUUUAAUUAGAGGUUUUCGAAUUCUGAUUUAUGUUAAUGCUAUCAAUGUACUUACUUAAUUAUCCAUCCUAUUCAUUAUUUACAAAUAUAGUUUUACAGUAUUGCGUAUUUUAUACAAAUUUAAGGGCUCAAGUACACACGUCAUCUUUAAUAUUCAGCCAUUAGUGAUUUUGCGACUGCAUCGCGUUUUUCCGCGUUCUGUGUUCGAGACCGAUAUUAGAAUCGCUCGUUUUAGCGAUUGUUUUGAUGCUGCAGCACACUUGGGAGAUGAAGUAAGGAAAUUACGCGUUUUCUCGAAUCCAUCAAUACUGCUGGGAGUGGAAAGGUACUGGUGGCUGUAUGUGAUCGGACGCGACAUCGUGCUUCCGAAAAGCGUCUAAACCGUCGAUAGUUGAUACCAAAAGUAGCGAGUGUGGUACAGCCCUAAACCAGCAUCAUUUUUAUAGGGAUUUUCUUGCAACCCUGUGUUAGUUUGAGGUAUGGAGGGUAGAGGUAAGGAGAGUCAUCUGUGUAUAUCAUAUGUCAAAAUGUAUUAAAUUAGGAUGGCGCAACAUUUGCAUCAGGGUAACUCUUAAUAG